CAGGUCCAGAAGAAGAUGCAAGGAGUCACCUACGACUCUUACGGCAAAGAAUCAUACGGUGAAGUCCUAGGCAACACCAACAAAGGAUCCUCUUACUGGGUUUUCCCUGAAGGCCAGAAAUUCACUUUGACCUGGACUGCUGACGAAGCUGGAUUCCAGCCCAAAGGUGAUCACUUGCCCGUCGCUCCCGUCCAUGAAUACGAGCUCCCAGUUGCUCCAGUCCACGAGUACGAACUCCCAGUCGCCCCUGCCCUCCCUUAUUCGCGCACUGGACCCGGUUACUAAGUUAAGAACGUUUCCUUUGUAAAAUUUGUAUGGCAUGAACCAUGUAAGUGUAACUUAUUUCUUCAAAUAAACGCAAAUUAUGUUUUGA